AAUUUGUGGUCUUUUUCCCUAAGACAGAUCAGCACUUGCAUGAAAUCUUGUAUGCAAUUUUAAGUGGUUCACAUGCCAUCUAAGACUCUCUGUUUAAGAACCCCUGACCUAUUCAGAAUUACAUCUGACACAUGUAGCUACUGAAUUAAUCCACCUCCUAAGUGGAGAAGGGAACCAACAUUUGUUGAAGGCUGUAUAGCACCAAGAACUGGACAAAGAUUACCUUUUAACUUUACAACAGCAUCUGAGAGGCAUGUACGACUGGGCCCAUUUUACAGUGUGAGGACAGUGAGCUCCAGGAAACUAAGCAAAUUGCCAACGGCCAUACAGCAGAGUCAAGAUUUUAAUCCAUGUCUGUCUAAGGCGGUCCCAGUGUGCAGGGCAAUCCCUCAAUAUUUCUCUAAGUGACUGUAAUUCAUUCAUGCGAUUCUCAAGAUUCAGAGAGGUUCCACAAAAACAACAACAACAAAACACCCACAAAAUAAAGCCUCUCCCCUGAUCUCCUCCGAACGUAACUGAGGUAACAACUUGAAAUCGCAUUCUCUGGCCUUGGGAUCGUCCUCCUAGGAGCACCACACGGUGAAAACGCAAAUCCUACAACAGCAAGACUUUCAAGUACAAUCACGUUUGCACAGAGCGCCACGGUUUACAAAAUCCGGAUUGGGUGCACUGAUUAUGAAACUGAGAUGAAAGCGUGGCCUAAUAGGUGGCAGGAUGGAACACUUCCCCCAAAUUUCUUUCUCUUCGCGUUUCGCCAGAUCGGGGCAGCGAGCCUUUCCCUUCCCAGGGGCUUGCUCGAUGGCAGCGAUCUGACUGGGACUCUGCACCAGAGAGGGCAGGAGGAAGGCAGCGAAGGAAGCCGAGUCCUCCCCCUGCGGACCCGGUUUUGCUUCACCGGUACCGCCAAACCCCCGGUCCUGUGCACCAAUGAAUUCCGACUUUUACGAUGCUUCCCCGAGAAUAAAUUUGGCAGGCCAUGACUGUUUCCGGGAGGAGCCGAGAAGGCGAUGCUCACUUCCGGCGGAGGGGCUUUCCUGACCGGGGAUGGAGGCGGCGGCGGAGCUGCUCUUGGAGGGGGAGAGCCUGCAGUUCGACCCCGAGCGGCGCCCGGACCCGGGCUCAGGAUGGAGCCCUUCUGCAGAAGGCCGUGCUCAGGGCCUCAGAGACCGUCCGGCCUGGCCGACCCGAGCCGUCCACGCUUUAAAGACCCUCCCCCAGGGUUUAGCCCUUGGCCCCUCACUCGUGGAGAAACAGCGCUUGGGGGUCUGGUGUGUCGGGAAGCCUCUGCAGCCAGGACUGCUCUGGGGGCCGCUGGGAGAGGAGGCUGCCUCGGAGCGGAAGGACGAGGGAGUGCAACCACGGCAGGAGGAGGACGUGUCACCAGGCCUAUGGGGAGACGUGUGUGCUUGUGAGCGGAGUUCAGGCUGGACCAGUUUGGUGCAGCGGGGCAGGCUGGAGGGUGAGGGAAACGUGACCCCGGUGUGGAUCAGCGAGAGGCUCCACCUGCAGGUGUACCGGGUCGUGCUGCCAGGCUUUGAGCUGCUACUGUGGCCCCGGUCUCCCUCUGAGCGCGUCAGCCCCACCCAGUCCAGGCUAGAAGAAGAGGCAGCCAUGGCUGUGGUGACAGAAGUGGAAUCUGCCGUACAGCAGGAAGUGGCCUCUCCUGGGGAGGAUGCAGGAGAACCUUGUACAGAUCUUGGGUACCAAUCACCCCCCAGCAUCCAGGCAGAGAGUAUGGUGAGCUUUGGACUUAAGCCCCAAACCCAGGACCAACUUUCCAAGGAGAGCCUAUCACUUGGCCCAUUGCCUCAGGAUGGGAGUAUGGACAAGGAGGACCCACCCCAGACACAGGUGCCCGCUGAACUUCAGAGCAGCUCCACCUCCCAGCAGGGCCGAGAGAGCAGUGAGGCCACUUCCUCAUCUUCUGCCGGCGGCACCCAGCAGCAUGCUCCCCUGGUCAAGAGAUUACAUAGCCCCAGUGAUCAGUGUCCACCCGGAGCAAAGACCUCAGAGCCCAGGGCCCUGCAGAAUGGGGAGCAGCACUCCAGCUUCUCUGCACACCUGGGGAGCCCUCCUGUCCCAACUGGAAGCUCCCUGAAAAGGGGGCGACGGUACCAGUGUGGGGAAUGUGGCAAGACGUUCCUGCAACUGUGCCACCUGAAGAAGCAUGCAUUUAUACACACGGGCCACAAGCCCUUCCUUUGUACUGAGUGUGGCAAGAGCUAUAGCUCGGAGGAGAGCUUCAAAGCCCACAUCCUGGGCCACCGCGGGGUACGGCCCUUUCCCUGCCCACAGUGUGACAAGGCCUAUGGUACCCGGCGAGACCUCAAAGAGCACCAGGUGGUACAUUCAGGUGCCCAACCCUUUGCUUGUGACCAGUGUGGCAAGACCUUCGCCCGCCGGCCUUCCCUGAGACUGCAUCAUAAGACCCACCAGGUGCCACCUGCCUCUGCCUCAUGCCCGUGCCCCAUAUGUGGUCGGCCCCUGGCCAACCAGGGCUCUCUGCGGAACCACAUGCGACUCCACACGGGGGAAAAGCCCUUCCUGUGCCCACACUGUGGCCGGGCGUUCCGCCAGCGGGGCAACCUACGCGGGCACUUGCGUCUGCACACAGGGGAGCGCCCUUAUCGCUGCCCACACUGUGCUGAUGCUUUCCCCCAGCUUUCUGAACUGAGGCGCCACCUCAUCUCCCACACCGGGGAGGCCCACUUGUGCCCCGUGUGUGGGAAGGCCCUCCGAGACCCACACACACUGCGUGCUCAUGAGCGCCUGCACUCGGGAGAGAGGCCCUUCCCGUGCCCCCAGUGUGGCCGGUCGUACACACUGGCUACCAAACUGAGGCGCCACCUCAAAUCCCACCUGGCUGACAAGCCCUACCGCUGCCCCACCUGUGGCAUGGGCUACACCCUGCCCCAAAGCCUCAAGCGGCACCAGCUCAGUCACCAGCCCGGGGCAUCCUCCAGCCCACCUGCUGUGCCUCCGGCUGCUUCUGAGCCCACUGUGGUCUUAGUACAGACUGAGCCAGAAGUACUGGACACGUGCAAUGAACAGGAUGUCUCCCCAACCCGGCACGUCUUCGAGGUCACCAUUUCUGAGAGCCAGGAUAAGUGCUUUGUGGUGCCAGAGGAACCGGGCCCCGCCCCCAGCCUGCUGCUCAUCCAUAAGGACAUGGGCUUUAGCCCCUGGGCAGAAGUGGUGGAGGUGGAGACAGGCACCUGACACUCGCUUUCCCUAGCAGAGCUCUACAUAAAACUAUGUUUUCUAGGUG